AUGUCGUCAACCUGCGUCCCUCUCAGCCAUGACGAGACUGAGAAACCUCUCGGAGACGCUCAUUCCACAAGCUACAGCACAACCAAGACAUCGAAUCCAUAUCAUCAGUUACUCAACGUCACUCCUUCAAGGGACCGCAAGCGGAAGACAGAGCAACUCUACAAACCAGCCAAGACACAACCAUCAUCUACUGCUGGGUCAACCCCUUCUAGUCCUCAAGAAGAAGCGCCUGUCACGUGCAUCCAGCGCUUCAAACAGAGCAGCACAGUGGAGAAGCUUCAACGAGAGCUUCGUCGCAAGAAACAAGCACGAUACAGGAAGAAACAAACCGACCACAUGAUAAAUCUCGAGAAGGAGAACGAUCAGCUGCAGCAAGAGAUUGAGAGGCUCAAGCGUCGUCGUUUCUCGACAGCAGCGGCUUUACCCCCACGAGAAAACUUGUGGAGUGCAGCUCUCGAGUACUUUCGUCUCUUUCGACAUGGCUUACAAGAACCGAAGAUGAUGGCGGUGCUGUCUGGAGAGGAUAAAGUCCAGUCCUGUGUCCAGGCGGCAUUCUUCCAGUCCACGAUAGCUCCAGACGUCAUAUUCAAUGCCCACCAAGGCAUCGACAAGAUGGUGCAGUACUGGAAUUUCCUGUCGUGCUCGUUCAAGGACAUGGUGGUCGAGCUCAAGUGUCUGACGCAGGAGAAUGAAGACUCGCUGAUCGCUACUUCACUUACCAGCGUCACCAUCAGCGAGCAGACACUGGCUGCAGUUUUCCCUCAUCUGCUCGACGAAGAGUCUCGGGAGCUUGACAAAACGAAAGCUUCACUCUGUCAAGCUCUCCUUGACCAGCGAAUCACCAAGGACGGCUCAAUUCGCUUUGAAUGGGACGCGAUGAAUGGACGAGUGACCAGGGUGACGACGGAGUCGGACAUGUUGUCUCCAAUGCUGCGUCUUCUAGGAAGUGUGGAGAACGUCUCUCGAGUAUUUAGAGAUGCUUUCGUUUCGCUUGAUUUCCAGUGGAGGCCUAGAGCGAGGGAACCCUCUGUAGACAACCAAUAA